AUGGCAUCAGACAUGUCACGUCUGCCCCAUGGCACCCAGCAACUAAUGGACAAGCAGAGCGGUUUCUACAAAGCCUUAAGUGAGGACUCCAAGCAAAUUAAUCAAAGCCUGAGGAGCUCUGCCAGAGCCACACGGAGCUUUGCAGUUGGAGAGACUGUGCUUGCAAGAAGCUACAGUGGAGACUGCAAGUGGGAUAUUGCUGCAGUUAAGGAGCAAACUGGACCAUUGACUUACCUGGUUGAGCUGUCGGGUGGCGUCCUCAUUGGUGUCCGGCAAGGGGAGAUAACCAUGUCAUUGCUGUCCUUGGGAUCCAAUUGUUCUCCAUUCAAAGAACAUGGACAGCCAGUUGGAGUCUCCUUUGGGCAACAUGUGGAAUUGGGUUUCCUUACACGAGACAAAGGGCCAGAUGUUGAAACAUUGGACAAGCUCCUUAAAAACAAAAACAUACCUGAUGGUCAACAUGAUGCUUUUAAGACUGGUUUUGCAGAGGGAUUCCUAAAAGCUCAGGCCCUAACACAGAGAACCCAAGAAUCAUUAAGGAGGACACGACUGAUACUAUUGGUGCUUUUGCUGGUGGGCUUAUAUGGACUCUCAAAAACUCCUUUCUUAUCAGUGCGAUUCCGAACCACAUCAGGCCUGGACUCAGCAGUGGAUCCUGUCCAGAUGAAGAAUGUCACCUUUGAGCAUGUGAAGGGUGUGGAGGAGGCCAAGAAUGAGCUGCAGGAGGUGGUGGAGUUCCUCCGGAACCCACAGAAGUUCACUGUUUUGGGAGGAAAGCUGCCUAAAGGCAAGAACACACUUUUGCUGUAA